CUCUGAGGGCGCUGAGCAGGGAGUAUAAAAGGGGCAUCCUUCCCACUCAGCGCAGAAGUGCUCUCACUCUCACACACUCCUAUAACGCGCUGAAGAUCUGUCUCAAGAUGAAUGCUGGGCUGUGUGUGUGUGUCGUGCUGGCAGUCCUGUGUGCGAGCUGUUUGGGGCUCCCCUUCUCCUCCCAGCCAUUAGACGAGGGCCAGCGCCCCAUCUCUGCUCUCUCUGAAGCUCUCCUUGAGGCUGACACCCACACCUUGGGAGAUCUCCACCUCCGACACAGGCGCUCUGCCCCCCAGCUGAAAGCUAUUCCUCUGGCUGAGGAGGAUGCAGACUCCCGGGCCAAUCUCAGUGAGCUGCUCGCUAGACUCAUCUCCUCCAGGAAAGGUUCUGUGCGCAGAAACUCCACGGCAAACAGCAAAGGCGUCGGACCGAGUGCCAACCACCGGAUAGCAGACAGGGACUACUUAGGCUGGAUGGAUUUCGGCCGCCGCAGUGCAGAGGAGUAUGAGUACUCCUCAUAAGGGGAAGUCAUGGCUCACACGACCACCACCAUAUGGGCACAAGAUAAAAAGAAGAAAAAAAAAACCCUGCGCAAGCUGUCUCACAAUAAGAGUCUAUUUAUGAUGUAUUUGUUGUACAUUUGUUUGUAAAACUGUAAUAAUGCAAUAUACAUACAGUAUGCCAAAUUUUGCAGAAAAGCUCUCACUGUCCAACUUUCUUCGUUUUUUGGAUUUCUCUGGUUUCUUUAUCAUUCAAAGUGGAAAGGAGUCGGAUGGUGUCAGGGCUUGUGGAAAGUAACCAAAUAAAGAUUUAAACUAUCGCUCUGCAGAAGUAUUCUUCCAAUGCACGCUGCUUAAAGUAGAUGCAUUCACAUUCAACUGCUGUUACGUAACAUGCGUGCCGAAGAACCAGAUUAUCUGAAACACUUAAUUUCUAGUGCAAUCAUACUCUUUUAUAUAGCAAGGAGCCGAAAUGACAACAUAAGCAUGGACAAAUACUCAGUACAUAUUUACUUUGGUGACAGUUUGUGAGAGUAGACGGCUUGUAAAUCAAAGGUGGCAGAUAAAACAUCCCAGUCAGGGUUAGGGUCUACUUUAUUUAAGUGUUUCUACAUCUAGGAUUAACAGUUAAAAGGCACAUUUGAACCCAGGAUCUUCUUGCUGUGAGGCAACAGUGCAUACUACUGCACCAUUUAAUUACUUAAUUUGCCUAAAUAAAGUAACCUAUUGCCUCAUUUAAAUAAAGUUAUAUGUUGUAACUGCUAUCAUUUAUUUUGAGUCCCGGUGAUUAAAGUAAUAAAACCACUGGCUGUAUAUAAAAAA